AUAACCUGCCAUGUGAGUCUGCAGUUGGCUUAACAUGUAAAUGUUACUGUGUGAACGAUUUGUUUUGAUUUGAGAAAGGCCUAGCUUUACUCAAGAAAAAUGCACUUAACGCGACAAGUUUUAAGGAACUUACCAACCCCUUAUGGGGGUUAUGACAUUUCAUGGAAAAGACAAAUGUACAAGCGUUUGGCUUGGCAUUUCUUUGGUAGGAGAAGAACAUGCUUCAGAAUUCAGAUUAGAACAGUUGAGAGAGCAUUAAGAAAUUCAACAUUUUCUGGAUCUGCUAGAAAAGAAUUUUUCAAAGAGUUGAACACAACACGUUUGGAAGCUGCUUGCUCAGAACAUGGAGUAAUUUACAAAGAAUUUUUAAAAACACUAGAUGAGAAUGAUGUACAAAUAAAUAAGACUAUGUUAGAGAAGUUAGCAAUCUACGAACCUCGUACUUUUCAGAGUUUAUGUGAUAUGUCAAUUCAAUACCAGAAAGAUAAUGAAAUCUACACGAAAAAUUCUGUCACACCUUAUGGGGAAUUAACAAGAGGCUUACAGAAACCAAUGUUAUAGAUAUAGUAUGAUGAUAAUUUCAAGAUUUUGGAUUAAAAUAGUCCAGGAUUUUUGCAUUGCCUGCCAGCUAAGAAUUCACAAUAAUUUUCAAAAACAGGUUUGACAGUGGUAAUAAUACUGUAGUUAAUCUGUGUGUAAUGUAUUUUGGUAUUGUAUGGAAUGGAAAAAACAAUUUGUGAAUUAACAUUAAGAUUUUAGCACAAUAUAAUCUCAAGCUAAUAUAAAAUUAAAUUAUAUUGUUUUAUAUC